AUGUCAAAGCUCAUGGAACCAUUAACUGUAGGGAGAGUGGUGGGAGAGGUGGUUGACAGUUUCACCCCAAGUGUUAGAAUGAAUGUAAUCUACAACUCUAGCAAAAAGGUUGCCAAUGGCCAUGAGCUCAUGCCUUCUGUUAUUAUCUCUAAACCCCGAGCAGAGAUUGGUGGGGACGACAUGAGGAUUGCUUAUACACUAAUUAUGACAGACCCGGAUGCUCCAACCCCUAGCGAUCCAUAUUUAAGAGAACAUCUCCACUGGAUGGUUACAGAUAUUCCUGGCACCACUGAUGCUUCUUUUGGAAAAGAAACUGUGGCCUAUGAGUCUCCGAAGCCAGCAGUUGGCAUCCAUAGGUACGUCUUCCUGUUGUUCAAGCAGAGAGGAAGACAAACAGUGAGGCCUCCAGCCACAAGAGACCAUUUCAACACAAGAAAAUUCUCAGAAGAGAAUGGUUUGGGUCUACCAGUGGCUGCAGUGUACUUCAAUGCACAGAGAGAAACUGCUGCAAGAAGAAGAUGAUUCAAGCAAAGAUAGAAUAAAUCAUUAAGAAUAAUAAUGGGACGUCUUCCUCUAUCAGCCAUAUAUAAAGAUUGUUUUCAGUUUCCAUGUUGCGGGUCUUAUCACCAUAGUUUCAGAGUCUGGCACGGGGUAUUAUACAGUGCUGCGUGAGAUUGUGUUUGGUUGUUUAACCUACUCAAUUCAUCUUGUUGAUACUGAAAAAAUCACACAACAGGCCCGAAUGGUAGAAAGAGUGAUAAUUCUCGACUUGCUGUGAAGAUUCGGGUCUUGAUCGGUAUGAUUUGGAGCUCUUGAUAAUGGUCUGAUGCGACUGUACGGUAUUAGUGCAUACAUUCAUAGUAGUGAAAGUAAAAUAAGCAUAGAGUAAACAACGAGAGAGACCAAUUUAUGUGGUUCGAUAUAUUAUCUAUGUUCAUAGGGCAUUU